AUAAAAUUCCUCUCAUCAUUCUCUCUCUCUCCUCCUCUAUUGACUUUUUGACUGUUAGGCUCUAGUAUUCCAGUCUCCUGGAUGGGUCUUCUUAGUCAACUAUCUCUAUCUUCUUCCUCCGGUAAAUGGCUUGGUUUUGUGACUGCUGUUUGGGUCCAAGCUAUAUCCGGCAAUAAUUACACCUUCUCCAACUAUUCCGAUGCCCUUAAAUCAAUCAUGUCACUCACUCAGCUUCAGCUCAACACCCUCUCCGUAGCCAAGGAUUUGGGGAAGGCUUUCGGCCUUCUGGCUGGUCUUUCCUCCGACCGCAUCCCCACCUCUCUUCUUUUCCUCAUCGGAGGUAUAGAAGGUCUCAUCGGCUACGGUGUACAAUGGCUUGUCGUCAGCCAGAAAAUCAACCCCAUCCCUUACUGGCAGAUGUGCAUAUUUAUGUGUUUGGGAGGGAACAGUACGACAUGGAUGAACACGGCGGUGUUGGUAACUUGCAUUCGCAAUUUCCGAAAGAACAGGGGUCCGGUCUCGGGAAUCUUAAAGGGCUACGUGGGACUGAGCACAGCCAUUUUCACGAAUCUCUGUUCGGCAGUUUUUGACGACAAACCGGCAAGCUUCCUCCUCAUGCUUGCCAUAAUUCCUCUUGUUGUCUGCAUCAUCGCAGCCGUGUUCCUCCACGAGAUCCCUCCUUCCGAAAACAACGAGGACGACGAUACGCGUUAUUUUGCUUUAAUUAACUCGAUCGCCGUCGUGAUCGCCGUCUACCUUUUGCUCUAUGACGUUACAGGAACCCACAGUCAUGUUUUCUCAAUCGUCUUCGUAAUAAUUCUUCUCAUUUUUUUAGUAACUCCAUUGGGUAUACCUAUUUUCCUUGCAUUAAGAAAUUUGACUCGUCCAACUCCAGUCGACAAAGCAUUACCCGACCCGGAAAUCGAAAGGACUUCGGUUAGGGAACCGCUUUUAGAAAGAACGACUGAAGAGGAGGCGGCCGUGUUUGAGCGGCGGGUGCCUGUGAUCGGAGAGGACCACACAAUAAUGGAGACGAUAAGGACGGUGGAAUUCUGGAUAUUAUUCUUGUCGUUCUUGUGUGGAGUAGGUCCCGGGUUAACGGUAAUGAACAAUAUGGGUCAGAUGGGUUUGGCCCUUGGAUAUACUGAUGUAUCCAUUUUUGUGUCUCUUUUGAGUAUCUUCGGCUUUUUCGGUAGGAUCCUCUCAGGAUGGAUCACAGAAUAUUAUCUCAAGAAAGCUGGAACCCCACGACCUAUAUGGAAUGCAGCAUCUCAAAUUGUGAUGACGGUUGGGUUCAUUAUCCUGGCCAUAGCAUUCUCUGGCUCACUUUAUAUAGGUUCAAUUGUGGUGGGGAUUUGUUAUGGAAUUAGAAUCGCAGUCACGGUCCCCACAGCUUCUGAGUUAUUUGGGCUCAAAUACUAUGGCCUCAUCUACAACGUCCUGAUUCUUGACCUUCCCAUCGGUUCCUUACUUUUCUCUGAUUUAUUAGCUGGAAUCCUGUACGAUAGUCAAGCCACAACCACGGCUGCAGGAGAAAACACAUGCACCGGCGGACAUUGUUACAGGCUUGUUUACGUGGUACUAGCUUUUACUAGCCUUGUGGGGUUCGGCUUAGACAUAUUGCUAUCGAUUAGGACCAAGGGGUUGUAUGCAAAGAUAUGUGCUAGCAAGAAGCUAAAAGGAUCUGAUCAUUCUAAUGGCAACUGAGAGGUUAGCUUUAAAAGUGAAGAUAUAUUGGUUUGGUUCUACAGCGUUUGAAAGGUUAUAGUUAGAAAGACUUUUUGUGCUUAUAGUUUGGUUUUGUUAUUGGUUUAUUAUAUUUGGAAACAUGUGCUUCUCGUAUCUCAUGUGUUUGUUUUUAAGUGAUUACGGUUC